CUCUCGGCUCAUAUUACUCCGUCAUCUGAGAUAAGAUCUCUAUUUUCUGCCACUUCCUGCUUCUAGUUUGCCUGCAUCUCCCAUUAUAUAUAGCAUGGACCCCGUGGGCCAGCCCAACCCGCCCAUGGACCCCUCACACGACACAUUCAUGGUAUCGGUACCCCUUCCCAAUAGAAAGCCGGUUUCCAUGACCGAUAUCCUCAACGGAAGAGCAAAACCCAAGCCGGCGAAGAAACGUGGGAGACCGCCCAAGGCCAUACCUUCGAUUUCUAGGGUACCAUUACCGCAGCAAGUUACCAAGCAGACAUUACCCGACCCGGUUACUGUUAUGGGGCCAUUUGAUAUUCCUGACCUGGAAAUGACAGAUGGAUAUACCUCCCCGAAACCUAAUGCUCUUAUCUCGGUGUUGACCGGUUAUAGGAGAGACCAUGACCCUAUACUGAGUGACUCCUUUCCUAGCAGCCAACUAAGCCCGAUUUUAGCCUCGGGCAAUCUGCUCAGUUCGGUAUUAACAGGUUACAAACAAGAGGUCCCCAUCGAUCCGUUCUUCUUAGACUGUGGAACCCUGGAUGAGUCGCAGGCAUACGGUACCCCCCACGUGAAUCUAUCGGAGACUGAGCUGUCGUUUGCGGAAAUCUCUCCAAAUAAGCCUGCAAUCAGUGUCAACGACAUUCUCUGCGGUCACAGAAUCUCCAAGCGUGCCAAGAUUGAAAUGCCAGGUACGAACCAGCCUGUGAACUACGCUGAAGACCUGUCGUAUAUCGAGGUUACAGAAAUAUAUGACGUACCAGACUCUCUGCGAAAUGAUACCAGCCAAAUAGAGACACAGAUCUACCAGAAAAUGAAUGUCAAGUCUGUAAACGCCAUGGAUAUCUUCACCAGCCUCAAGUCCAAAGACCAGCAAUCAAAACAGGAAAAGGAACAGGAGAGACAAGAGCAGAAGCUCAAAAAGGAAAGAAAAACGAGACUCAAAAAGUCGUUCUCCGUGAUCCUCAGACUUUCCCCACACAUUCUCGAAACGAUAAAACCAAAACAGGUGGUGAUUAAUGUAGAGGAAGAGGAUCCGUUUUUCACCAAGGGCAAUGUCAUUGUGGCUGAUGAGGGCACCCCUCUACUACUGACAUCGUUUCUUCGUCUGAUGGUGGAUCGAUCGUCUACGGAGCCGCGAAUGACGGCGUUUCAGAAAGCUAAGGAUACCCCAUUACCAACUCUCAGCCGGCAAGAGUUCCAUGUUGUUCCAGAAACAGAGACUAUUGAGCCAAGAGUGCUAGGUUUAGCUUUAAAAAAGGUCAAUCCUCCUGUCAUCAAUCUAUGCGACGUGAAUUUGGUCCCUAACCCGUCAAAGGAAGCUGCGCUGAAAACCACGACUUCGCUGAAGAAAGCCAUGACGUAUGCCGAGAUUUUGCACAACUUGGCAGCCCGAGUCCCGUCUGUUUUACAAGAUGGUAAGUUCGAGUACUUGUUGGAUAUUCUUCGUGCUGGUUUCAGUUCCUCCAACACGAUCCACGGAUUGUGGGUGGAUAUUCUCCGCCCUCAAACGUCAUCUGCCCUUCUUGCCAACCCCCACAACAGCGCACGGUUGAAGACGUGGAUUGAAAACUCGUUUCAGCGGUUAAAAAAACACAGUGGGCCGCGGUUUCAGAUGCUCAAGAAGGCUUCAUACAGUGAAAUGGAUGAUUUCAUCGAUGAUGGCGAGGGAUCCACCGAAGAAGAUGUUUUUGUGCCGUUGAUGAUCCUUACAGGGCCUCAGGGGUCGGGGAAGUCGUCGGCUGUGGCUGCCUGUAUGAAGGAGUGCCACGGCUACGUCCAUGAGAUCAACUCUGGUCAAGCCCGAGGCAAAAAAGACAUUAUGGCCAAGCUUAACGAGUUGUCCACCACACAUUUAGUGCAUAAGCACAAGAAAUCCAGCGAUGGCUUCCAGAAGGGCUUGUUACUCUUUGAGAACGUGGAUGUGCUUUUCGAGCAAGACAAUGGGUUCUGGGUGGUGCUUAACAACGUGCUAAACGUGGGAAGACGGCCGGUGGUGAUCACUUGUGAGGACCCGGGGUCCAUUCCACGCGGCUUGAUCCAGUAUGCCCAUGACGAAUACGCUUUCUUGGAGUACCAAAAGGCAGAGCCGUCAUAUCUUGCAGACUACUUGGGAUUGUGUUGUAUGGCAUUAGGUUACGAUGUGGACGCUGACAUCGUAAAACGGGUGGUGGCCGAGCAUAAUUGCGAUAUCCGCAAGUGUUUGAAUGAAUUACAAUUUGUUUGCCAAACCACCAGACCUGAAGAGCUCUCGGUGGAACCUAUCGAUGUCGACGAAGAAGCUCCGGCUCGCAUGGUGACGUCGAUUCGCCUAAAGGAAGGUAUACUGAUAGAAGCUCAUCCUUCCGCUGUGGAUCAGUGCUCCGAAGGCUACUCCUGUCUCUCGCGGUAUGCUGAAAACGUAGAUACUCUCUCCCUUUCAGACAUCAUUCUGACUGGUGAGUGCUCCAACCUUAACCAUGAAGCCGAGGUGAACGAAAUUGUGGACAGCUACAUUAUCCCAAGCUCGGCACAGCUCAGCAUCGAUCCCUUACCGUUUGAGGUUACCAUCGGGAACUAUCUCCAGGAACGGUGCAUCUGGCAUGGAGACACCCCUACUCCACGAAGCUACAACAGUAUUCGUAACCCAUGUCUAGCCUUCUUUGCAUCCAAAUAUAAACGAUUUCCGAUAUUACAGGAACGCAAGACCCGCAUGGCCAACACGAACGUUCCAGAAAACAUCAAGCUCCGCGACUCAGACGCACUCAGAGUACUCCCCAACCAGGAAAUGGUCUUGACCUUGGCUCCCGUUAUCCGCCACAUUGCUCGUCGUGAGAUCGAACGUAGAGUGUACUUCUCCACCUUUCUUCUCAACUUGCCUCGCUCAAACGAGGCCAUCGUGCCAGACUAUGGCGGAUGGGAUGGUAGGCGGUUUGAGGCAGAUGACUUUACAGCUAUAUUGAGCAGUUUCAUCCAAGUAGAAUAAUAGAAAUUAAAUGAGGU